CACUUCGAUCAAAGUAAUGAAAGUGGACGACCUUGAGCAAGGGAAUUUAGAUGUGGCUAGUGAUAGAAGUGAAUUACCACAUAUUUCUAUGCAUUUGAAAAUUGAAGUGAAAUGGAGAUAUCUAUGUUCGAUCCUUGGUUUGGAAUAAAUUUUAAGGUCGAAGAACCAGUAGAGUUAGAUGACCUAGUUAUAAGGUCGUCACAGGAAUUAGUCUCAAAAGAUGUAAAUGUUGUUCCUGAAAAAUGUAUAGAAGAUGAAUGUGAUUCCGAUAAAGCUCCUGUUGUUGGCAAUCUCGUUACAGAUAGAGGUGUGGUUUUUAUCAGGACAAAUCAGAACCCUAUCCGACAAAAUUCUGCAAAGGCAAUAAAAUUGUCGCAUGAUUUACGCAACAAGGAUCUUUCAAUAGAAACUACUCGUCAUCUCCAUAUUAAGACUGUUCAUGAAGGAAUAAAUUAUCCUUGUGGUCAAUGUGAUAGAAAGUUUGCUUGUAAAUCCAACUUGACUCAACAUAUUCAAGUUUUUCAUAAUCCAUUGCUUGCAGUCACUGCGUACAAUUUUCGUUAGUCUACCUUAGAGUCGUCUUCGUUUUUCAUCGUUCUCUGAGUCUAAAAAGAUAUGUUUUCGGGUAUCUAUCAAUAAUGUGGAUGCCACCGAAAUCCACCGGUAUUUUUGUCACCUUGUGAUUCAAGUUGCUGGUGAAGAUCACUGGAGUAUUUGCUAUUGUUUUGAUUGGUAUCAUAUCGAGCUUUCUCAAAAUGAACCUUUUCUUAAUGGUCAACUGAGUGGGCGAGAGUUUGUACGUGUUUAAGAGUGUCCUUGAGAAUCCUCUUAUUGUGAUACUAGUUUUUUGAAGCCUGACUCGAUGAUACUCGCACAGUUUAAAAUCCGAACAGGCUAUUAAUAAAAAAAUCGUUUUUUGAUUGAUAGAAAUAUUAAGAAAUAAUACAUUUCCCAAUACGCUAUUGUCUCUUGAAUUUCAUGUCAUCAGAAUUUUUACUGGUCGAAUUGUAAAGAUUUUACUUAAUGUUGUUUUCUAAAUUUCGAAACAUGUAUUGAGAAAGUUAGAACCUUUGAAACUAGUUUGUUUAUACUUUUACUGUAUAAUUAGUGAAUAACUGAACUAACAUAUUUCCACAUUCUGUUUAUUGUAAUCUUCCGUUUGAGUCAUUAACUAUUACUAAAUGUCUUAUUAUUCCCGAUUUGUUACAGACCAGUUAUUUAAAGCACCCCGCGUUUCGCUGACAUUUUUGACCUGUUUGUGUAUAUCUGUAAUUUUCUGUCUUAUGGUGCGAUGUCUGGUAUCUCAUGAGUGCUAUGGCUAGAAUCUGGGAUGGAUGGUUGAAAUAAGAUAAUAGUAGGAGCUUGGUUGUAGUCUUCUCUUUUUAAUUCAAGGCUAGGAAUAGAAGACGGCAUAUUUGUCGGGGAAGCACUCGGGGCGGAAAUUAUUUUAGCUCACGAUUAAUUGUGUCGAUCAGAACUUAUCAUUAACUAAGACUGAGCGCGCUAGGCUAUGGGUGGAAUAGCAUACUCAGAGUAGAAAAGGAUUAUGACCGAAGUUCUGAUUGGCGAACCCAAAAAGUUAUAUUAGUUCGUUUCGCAGACAUAGCAGUAACCGACAUAACAUUCAUCUUUAGAGUAAGAGAGGUCUCUAGUCCGGCUUGAUGGUUCGAUGCAUCAUGCAAUUUCUCGUCUUCCUUUCUUAACUAUGGAAAGACGUUAUUGCAUAAGUCAUGACGAUGGCUACUGGCUAUUUUUAGGUUGCAUCAACUGGCAUCAGUUACUUAAUGUUGUUAAGUUGACUCUCAAAAUCGGUGUGAACACGUGACCACGGCGUCUGUGGUUGUAUCCUUGGUUGUGAAGUCAGUUCUGUAGUAUGCUUCCCAGCUCGAUAAGAUCGGCUGCAGUGUCUGGCUUAAUUCAUGAUCUUUUGGUCUAUUCUGAUCCGUUUACUUAUCGUUAUGCUAUCACCUUGAUGAACCUUCAUUCGAUUGGUAAACGUUAGCCGUGAAUGAAUAACGGACAAACCGUGUUUUUUUUUGUUAAAGGUUAUGUGAUUCACCGGUGUGUGGUUUUGUUUGCUAUCUAUGGUUUAUGUAUUUUAUAACUUAUUGUCAUGUCAAGUCUUGUCGCGCUUUUAUUAUAUGCAGUCUUUAUUAUUGUAGCUCGAAACACGUUUGUUAGGUAGCUUCGAAUGUGUACUCUAAAAAAGUGACAAAUAGUACGCUUGGAGGAAAUCCUAUGUAUAUUGUGAUCCAUCAAACAGGUAGUGUACCUUUGUAACUGGCUUACUGAAUGUUGGGAAAUUCGUUUUUUGGAGCCAAAAAUGGUUAGUUCGGACUUUGUGACUUCCGAAAAUACAAAAAUAUCGACCAAAUACUAUUUUAUGAACCUUUCUGAUCAAAAACAUGUUAUUUAGUGCUUCGUUUUCUAUCUGUUUAUAGUUCUUGUUUUCAAGUGUUAUUAUUCAUGUCGUAUGUGUGUCUGUACCAGUGUUUUUAAGAUUACGAUAACACAGAUACCAUGCUGAUAUAAGAUUUGGUCACUCUACAUGAUCACAGAUACGAAGUUCGUGCUUCAAUUUUGUUAUCCUCUAUGUAUCAACUUGAUUAGCUAAUCUAUCACAAAAUAAGUUUUCAUAAUGCUUGAACUAGGAAUCAAAAGUAAUGUUAUCAUGCGGAUCAAGAUAAGAACUGCAAUACACCAUAAAUGAUUUGUUGGUUACUCAAUUCAGGGUGCAUUAGAGCUAUAUUAAAUUUGUAUAAGUACAUUUAUCGAUAACAACAAUAAUAAUGAUUUUUUUUUAUUAGGAAUAAGAUAUCCAUGUGUUCAAUGUGAUAAAACGUUUACAAGUAAAUCUCAUCUAAAUAAACAUGUGAAAUCUAUUCAUGAAAGUGAGUUAUGAUGGUGAUAAUGAUCUUUGACUUGCAUAUAUAUAUACUAACUCUAGACCGGGUAAUAUACUGCUCACUGGUCGGAUACACUGCAUGAUUAAAUUAUUCGUUCAGAUGACGUAAUACGUAGACUACAUGCUAUCCGACUGAACGAUUAAGAGCCGAAUUAUAGGCCAGAAAAAUUAUUCAUUCACUCGAAUUACAAACUGUCAUUGCUUGAAAUCCAAGUAGACAUCUUAAGUGGAUAAGUUUUAAAAGUGGAACAUUCUUUUGUUACGUCUACUUGUUAUUUGUCUGCGCUCACUGGCCAAUGAUUUGUUACUGCUGUUACUUGACAAAUUUAACAUAUUUAUAAUAUCCCACAGAGUAUAAAACUGAGUGUUUGACGCUUCGUGACUUGGUGUUGGUUGCUUCGUCACUUAACUGAUAACCGAAUCAGGUCAGCUGAGGUUUAUAUAGUACAGUGAAAUAAAUUAAACAUUUAACACUAACAUAGAUGUCUCUACUGAUUUUACGUCAUUCAGGAGAAAAUUGAUCCUAAUUAAGACGUAUUUGAACGCAUUAUUGUGUGAGUGAUUGUGAGAUAUGUCGUAUUUGCAUUGUGGUCUGUUCAAUUUGAUGUGUUCAUGUUCAAUAAUGUAAGAUUUCAACAAGUAAAAUGGAGUUCUUGUCAGGAUUGAAAUAUGUGUGUAAUCAGUGUAGUGGAGAGUUUACAUCUAAAUUUUAUUUAAUUGAACAUAUGAAAGUGAUCCAUGAGGGUGAGUUAUGCUAAUGAUAAUGGUAUUUCACUACUUAGUUGUGUGCUGUAUACGUUUUAUCAUGUCACAUUCAAUGCCUAAUUUAAAAUUAAGUCAUUUUCAACAUUUCGUAAACUUUUAAUAAAACUUUGUGACCUUAGACAGGGUUGCCCAAUUUCACCACUCCUCUCUAACUUUUUCAUCGAUGAUAUUCUGGAAAUGCCUCUAAAGGGACUAAGUAAUGAUCUAGAUCAUCUAUUUCCGGUCUUGAGCAUGUGGAUGACCAUCUUCUUACUGUGUAAUUAUAAAAAGCCGAAGUAUAUCUCUUUUAAUCGGUUGGUAAUCAGUGUAUUUAGGUGUGACAUAUACUUUACACCUAAAUGCAAAAUAUUUCUGAAAACUAACUGGAGGUUGUGCGUGGCCUCACUGUUUGUGGUGAGGCAUUGGAAAUAGUGAAUAGGUUUUUGUAUCUGUGUACUUCUGUGAAUACUGUUGGUGCCGUGGUAAAAGGAGAUAAAUUUACUCAUAGGGAAAGCCAGAGUGAUGAAUAUCAAUAUGACCCAUCUUUAGCACCGUCGUGUUGAUUUGGCUGUAAAAGAAUGUUGUUUACAUCGUGUCGGUGAAAGCAGUCUUACGCAUGGUUAUAUACUGUGGCCUCAUCAAGUUGAGGUUGGAUAACUCUUUAAGGCAGUAAAGCAGCGUUACAACCUCGUCUAUCGCGAGAACGAGUGACUUCAUUAUGUUCAUGCACCAUUGAUUGUUCUAAGAUUCUAGUGCCGAUUUGUGCCCCUAGUUUGAAAUGAUAGUGUUUCUGUUGCCUCAGAUAAACUGUUUGUAUCUGUCGGCUCGGUUUCAUCGUCGGACAUUUAGUAUCUUCCGUUAAUAAAAGCACCACCGACGUAUGAAGAUCGCUCUGCAGUUGUCGAGGUUGAGUCACUUUAUUAUUCAAGUUGCUUGGAGGUAGUGGGUGUCGGGAUACCAGCUGAACUGAAUAGUUUCAGUAACAACUUGGUUUUUGAUUCUUGUUUCCUUGAUUAGUUGUAAUAACUGUCUUUUGUUGUUUAUCGUCGCCAAAAUCCAGUGGUUGUUAGUGAAUAUGUGAUUCAAGUUGCUUGCCGAUGGCGAUGAUUGUCAUAUUUACUAGUGUUUGAAAAAAACCCGAACUUCUUCAAAACAGACUUUUCUAUCACUAACCAAACGGGAAGAUAUGUUGAUAUUUAAAUAGUUGCCAGUGUCCUCUGGAGUUUACCAUUCAGAAUAUGAGUUUUAGAGCUCUUGAUUCGACCAUACAACAUUUUAUGAAACAUUUUUAUUGCGAAUGCAUUAGCCAAUGCUUCCUUCUCUACUCGCUCAUAGUUUUUCUUAGCGGUCUUUAUUUCUCGAUCUGCGCACAUUAUGCUUUAUUUGGGUCUGUUCCCUACAUAAUAAGUAUAACUUCAAGUCUACUCAUAAUUUUUCUGUUGUGAAAUUGACAUGCUUAUUUAAACUUGUUGGUGAGUUCAUAAGUAUUCCUUGGAAAAGUCUAGAGGGGUCUAGAAAGCUCUUGGAAACACUAUCCGAGUAGAAGCUCAGAAAUAUCUAAAAAGUAAAGUCACGUUUCUGCUUGGAUAUUUGAAUUUACUGCUACUACACACAACAUGGUUCCAAAGACUUCCAGAAGCACCCAAGGUUUUGUGUAUCUCUAUAAUUAACAUCGUUUUUCAGUACAUAAACUAACCUUAGACGGAAGCGUUCUCUUCUCAUUUUGCACCUUUUCUCUUGUUGUCGAUUUGCCUUGUAGAUUUAGUUUAGAGUUAUUAGAAGCGGCUAGAAAAUCGAAAUUAGUGUUCAUCUACCAAACUUAUCAAAAUUACAUUUGUAUUGUUGUAUGCCAUUACUAAAUAACUUCAGAUUGUCAUAUUAAAUUCGCUUUUAAAACAUUUACUAGUGUUAAAUAAUUGUUUUUUCUUCUGAUUAUUAUUAGGAAAAAACUAUCCAUGUUAUCAGUGUGGUAAACAAUUUGCAUCUAGAUGCAGUUUAAAUAUGCCUGUAAAAGUUACUCAUAAACGUAAGUUUUGGUGGUGGAUAAUGAUUUGCACUACUAUGAAACUGAUUUACUGUAUACAUUCUCAUUAUUUCAUAUUGAAUCACAUUAUUUUACAUGUAAAUAAACAUUAAAUUUCACGACCACUGCGCUAGGAUCCAACGUUGUUAAUGUCUAACUUCAACCAAUCAAUGGUAUUGCGCGACUAUUUUCCAUUGUCUUUGGUAGAUUAUGCAAUAUCGUAGAUUGAUUGAAGUUAUGCAUUAACACCGUUGGAUCCCAGCUCAUUGGUCUUAAAGGUUAUUCGUUCGUACGAGACCGAAGGUCUUGGAUCUGAGUCCCGCGUGUGGGAUCGUGGAUGCACACCGUUGAGGAGUCCCACACUGGGAUGAAACGGCCGUCCAGUGCUUCCAGGUUUUCAGUGAUGGCCUGGAAUUGAUCGGUUCAUGAUCUCAAUAAAAAUCCAACAGUUUCCACAACCCUAUACUCAUAAUUAAAUUUCACGUUUACUUUUAUAAAAAUCCAAAGCUUUAUACAAUUUUAUUUCUUUGUUAACUAUGAAGUAGCGAUUUUCGUGUGUAAAACACUCAAAUUUUGAAUCAUUUUUCUUGUUCACAAUUAAUGUACCAUGGUAAAAAGUGUUGAGUGAUAUAUGUUAUCAUAGGAUACGGGACUUCUAGCUUUCAUAGUGUAAACGAUAUCAUACAAUUUUCUUGUCAGGUUUACCCGUGGUAUAAUUUAAAUACCACAAGUGUUGACAAAUCGUGAAGUAUUAGUUGUUUUUGUUAGUGAGCCCUUAUUUAUCGAAC